AUGGAUGAGAAGCAGUACAAAAUAAGCGUAACGAAGUAUUUCGGAGAAGCAACAGCAAAAGUAACCAAAGAAACAACCGAAGAUGAAAUCAAACGUAUCUAUGCUGCACGGUCAGCAACAUAUGACGAGGUACUCUAAAAUAAUAAAAUAAUAAUAAUAAUGGUCUGAGGGACCAUGUGGCACAUUGCCCUUUGACCCACCGGACACCUGAUCCAUCCUUCAGGGUUGCGUUUCUCGAAUGUUCCAGGCUACCGACCUGUAAUACCAGUAAUACCUUUCACGAGCCCGAAGGGUGAACGCAAUUUGUGGUCUUUGAAAACAUUUACACAUGCUUAUUUAUUCCAAAUUGCUCGAGAAAAAUCAUGUGAUUAUGUAUUAAUAAUAUACAUGAAAAGAUACUAGAUAGCUUAUCAUAAUUAUGCAGAGGCAAAGCGCGCACAUCAAGUGCAAAAACAAUUUAUUCAAACCCUGUAAGUGACAUUGUGCGUUCCGUCAAAACAACCGCGAACGAUCAAAACAAUAAUAUACAAGGAUAUUUUCACAUCUUUAAGGCGCAAAAAAGUUCAAAAUCCGGCUAAACAGUUGAAGGAAUUGUUCGGUCUGGUUUGCUACUUCUUUGCACUGAAUUAACCCUCUUCUGCAUUGAAUUACCUGAAAACUUCAUGUAUCUUAACCAAUCAGGAUUGAGUAAUCUUUUCAUGUACUUUAUCAGCUCAAAAACUAGUUUAUUUUACCUUGUUGCCUGAUAUUUUCUUCGUUGAAGUUCAAUUUUUUUUAAGGAAAAGUCUCGAUUUUGAUUGAAAACAGAUCAGCUUUUCGGGUCCAUAAAACUACCGGAGCUCUCGAGGAAAAGGGGCCCAAGGCGACACCAGACCAGUGUCGUAUUUAUCGAACACCUAAUCUUAAAAACCAGCUUGAACUUUCUCAUCAUAUAGGAAUAUUCAGCGGUUCGUGCUUCGUAUUCGAAGCCACUGGCCGAAUCUUUGCAUAACGCCCUUAAAGAAGUUUACCAGGACAAACCAAAGGAUCAGAUCAAAAUCAUUGACGCUGGAGCUGGGACAGGGCUGAUUGGAGUUGAGCUCAAGAAACUCGGAUACACCAACCUAUGUGCUCUGGACAUCACAGAUGAGAUGUUAAAGGAAGCAAAGAAGAAAGAGGUCUAUACUGAGUUCAUCUGCACGUCUUUGAAUGGGCAGCCGAUACCUCAGAUUAAAUCAGGGCAAUUCGAUGCUUUGAUUUGUGGUGGGGCGCUCCUUACAGGACGUAUCGGCUCAUCUGCUUUCGUGGAGAUGAUAAGAAUGGUUCAAACUGGUGGGUCUUUCGUAGAAUUUUACCGAGGCACAGAUAUAAUUGACCCACGGAUGUCCGCGGGGAGUCUGUUCUGUGGCUAGUUGUUAGACUUGACACAAUCAAUCAUUUGAUCGCGUCCAAAGCAUCUGUGUUUGAAGAAAUUUGCUCAAAACCUUUGAGGAAAUAAUAAUUUUUUUAACAAAAAUGAAAAAAAGGAUGAUUUUAGAUUGAGGACAUAUCAGGAUUGUAAAAAAGGAAAAACGUGUAAAAUCCCCUGGCAAGUUUUUUGCUUGGUUAUUCUUGUUUUUUGAAAACUCAAACCGUAAUGAAGACUCACGUAACACCCUUCUCGACAAGUUCCCUUAACAUCUGGCAUCUGACCCUUAAAUCUUUUUCUGGGGUCAAAUCUUUUCUCUGCAAAAUCGCUCAAUGAAUUUCUAGAUACAUCGAGAGCACGCCCCUAGGCUGGUCUCUUCAACUUCUCUUUGGAUGAUAUUACAGGUUAUAGGUUAACCCUUUAACUCCCAUGAGUGACCAAGACGGAAUUUCUCCUUAUCAAGCAGACAAGUAAUGGGAAAACAAAAUAUGUUAAUGAGGGUGUCAUUGGUUAAGCCAAUACCAAGUUCUAUCAUCAUAGGAAUUGUAUGGCAAACACUAAAGAGAAUUACUAGAAAGAUCUCAGAAGCGAAAGAGUUAACCAACACUGUGAGUUAAAUAAAUGGAAAAAUAGGAAAAAGAAUGGAAAUUUCCCAUGAUAAAACCUUAAAAGAUCUGCACUUCUUUGCAGGUGGUGUCCUCUGUUUCAACAUAAUGAAAGAGGAAUUAGAACACUAUCAAGAGAUUAUGACGGAGCUGGAGAAAGCUGGCGAGUGGAUGUGCAUGUCCAAAAAAUCUGCACCUUUCUUUGAAGCCGAGGACCUGCCCAUUGAAUGCUGGGGGUUCGUUUACAAAGUUUUGAAGAACUAA